AAUGAUAUUGAUCCUGAGAGUUCAUCUGCGCUACGGGGCGUGUUUCUCUCCUCGGGUGUUUGGAGCGGUGCGGCUCGGGGGGAAAAUGUUACUGCGCUGUCUGCCAACCUUCACUCGCUUUGAGAUGACAGUAGACGCAUCCCAUGCAUGUGGGUGGUGAGGGUGAGCCAGCGGAUGCCAUGCUGUGCGGCCCAGGCAUGGAGGUGACCCCCAGGAGCCCUGCGUCCACCUGCAGGUUGCUCACAGUGCACAGGGAACUGCUGGUACAUCAGGUGAAGAACGUCCAGUGCAUUCUGGACAACUUCCAGCGCAGUGGCUACUUCUGCUCUGAGGACGUGGAGAUCGUAUUGCGUACCUCCACUAGGCCUGACCAGAUGCGUAAGAUCCUGGAGCUGGUCCAAAGCAAAGGGGAAGAAACCUCGGAAUACUUUGUGUACAUUCUCCACAAGAUCUGCGACGCCUUUAUUGACCUACAGCCUUGGCUUAGGGAUGUCCAGUAUGAGCCCUCCAGCUUCAUCCAGCAAAUACCUGUGCAUAACACUGACCCAAUCAGCAGAUACACUGAGAAGCUGCGACAUGAGCUGGGACGUGACACCCAGUUCAUCGUGUCCUACUCCCAGAAGGAAGAGAUCCCUCUGGAGAACAUGUAUACAGACACCCUGAUGGAGAUGCUCAACGAACGCAACGAGAACCUCGAAUACGUUAGUAGUGUGGAACAACUCCUCGACGACACUGGGGCCUUCAACAAGCAUGCUGAUACCAUCUUAAUAACUGGCGAUGCAGGCAUUGGCAAGUCCAUCCUGCUCCAGAAGGUACAGAACCUAUGGUCCAAAAGGGAGCUGAUGACUGGGGCCAAAUUUUUCUUCAAGUUCCGAUGCAGGAUGUUCAGUUCUUUCAAAGAGACAGAUGAGAUUUCCUUGAAGGACCUCCUAUUCAAGCACAAUUGCUACCCAGACAAUGAUCCAGAUGGGGAGAUCUUCAGUUAUAUUCAGAGGUUCCCUGAGACGGUGCUCUUCACGUUUGAUGGCUACGAUGAGAUAAACCCUGACUUCGACUUGGGUAACAUGCCUGAGGUGGUGUCCCCAGAGGAUAAGACCCACCCGCUCCUACUACUCAUGAACCUUCUCAGUGGAAAGUUGCUCAAGGGAUCCCUGAAAAUUCUCACUGCUCGAACAGGAACUGAGGUUGAAAGUCGGGUGCUGAAAAAGAAAGUGUUUCUCAAGGGGUUCUCACCAGAGCACCUCAAGCGAUACACCGCCCUGCACUUCCCAGAGAGGGAGUACAGGGACCAGGUGUCUGUGCAGUUGGAGGCUAACCCCCACCUCUGCAGCUUGUGCUCCAUCCCCUUGUUCUGUUGGAUCAUCUUUAAGAGCUUCAAGCACUUCCGUGCUAUGUAUGAUGACUUUGAGCUUCCUGAAAGCUGUGUGACCAUCACCAAAGUUUUCCUGCUGCUGUCCGAGGUCUUCCUCAGCCGCUUGUCUACCCCCAACAUGUUGAAGAAGAGCACCCGCUGUACCAGUGACAUGUUCAAAGCAGGACUUCAGGUUUUGGCAGCUGUGGCGAAGCUGGCACUCCUUGGCAUGCGGAAGGGCAAGUUUAUGUUUGAUUAUAAUGAAAUCGCUGCCUGUGGCGUCAGUGAGGAUGACCUGCAGGUAGGCUUCCUGAGGCCGGUUGACCAAUAUGAUGGCUGCGGGCAACCUGCCACCUUUGAGUUCCUGCACGUAACCCUGCAGUCUUUCCUGGCUGCCUUUAGUCUCAUACUGGAGGAGGAAAUGAAGUCCAGGGAGAUCUUGGAGUUUUUCUCUGAGUGUGAAUACCGGAAAGAGUCUCUCUUCUCCUGUGGUCCAUGCCUUGGGGGUUCCAAGCCCCGUCAAAGUGACCCCUUUCAAACUAAUGAGCAUCUCCAGUUCACCAACCUCUUCUUGUGCGGACUGCUCUCUAAGCCUAAUGGCAGCCUACUGGAGCACCUGCUUCCCCCGGCCUCUUUGCGCAAGAAGAGGGGAGUUCUAAAAUCUUACUUGUCCAAAACCGUGAAGUCACAUCUGCAGGGCCUGCCACGCUACACAGGUGAGACCGGGGACAAAAAGGUACAUGUGAUGGGCAACUUCCUGUGGAUGCUGCGCUGCAUAUUCGAGACCGCCAGCGAGGAUGUGGCCCGACUGGCUGCCAGGGGCAUCUCAGCUGACUACAUAAAGUUGGCCUACUGCAACAUGUUCUCCGCCGACUGUGGUGCUCUCAACUUUGUGCUGCACCACCACCGCAAGCGUCUGGGCAUAGACAUGGACAACAACAAUAUCAGCGACUAUGGCAUCAAGCAGCUGCGCCCAUCUUUCAGCAAGAUGACCGUGGUGAGGCUGUGCGUCAACCAAGUCACAGACAGCAGCAUGGAAGUGCUUGCAGAGGAGUUGGUGAAGUAUAAAGUGGUCACAGUCCUGGGACUUUACAAGAAUCACAUUACAGAUGUUGGAGCCAAACUGGUUGCUCAGAUCAUUGAGCAGUGCCCAAGUUUGAGAAUCGUCAAACUUGGGUGUAACAAAAUCACCAGUGUAGGGGGGAAGUGCCUGGCCAGUGCGAUUCAGAAGAGCAAAACCAUCUUUGAUAUUGGGAUGUGGGGUAACCCCAUCGGAGACGAGGGGGCCGCAGUGUUUGCAGAGGCACUAAAGAACCACCCCAGCUUGACAAACCUGAGCCUCUCAGCCAAUGGUAUCACCUCAGAAGGGGGGCGGAGCCUGGCCGCCGCUCUCAAGGAGAACACCUCUGUUCACAUUUUCUGGAUGCUCCAGAACGAGCUCACAGACGAGGCAGCAACCGCCCUGGCUGAAGCGGUCCGGGUUAACAUGGGACUGACCCAUCUCAUGCUAAUGAACAACAAGCUAACGGUCAAGGGAGCCAGGGAGCUGGCCGAGGCACUGACUCACAACACGACUCUAAAGGAGAUCUGUGUGAAAGGAAACCUCAUUACUGUGGAGGAAGAGGAGCAGUUUGCGGCAGAGAAAAGACUGCGCUUCUGUUGAUAAAUUGAACGCGAGACGUGUGUGUGUGUGUGUGUGUGUGUGUGUGUGUGUGUGUGUGUGUGUGUGUGUGUGUGUGUGUGUGUGUGUGUGUGUGUGUGUGUGUGUGUGUGUGUGUGUGUGUGUGUGUGUGUGUGUGUGUGAGACUGAUCACACAAGAGGCACAGGAGGGAACAAGGACCCCGGCCCCCCUCCAGCUGCGAGACACAAAGCAAGACCCACAGAAGCUGAUCGACAGCUAUGGACUUGCAGAUAAAGAUUGAAAAAUGUGUUUGCACAGCAGAUUCUCAUGUGUGUGCUGAUUGGAGAGCUACACACGCAAAUACACUAAACAUCAUUUUAAUAACAUGGAAUCAAUCAGCUAUAUCUGGGCUUUGCAUCACAUGCAUCUUUUACAGUAAACGCCAAAGUGUCAGCCAUUCCAGAAUCAGACUCCCUUCAUUUUAUCUCUAAAGGCAGAUACUGCGAGACACCAGCUGCUCUGACCCAUCGGUUUCGCUUCUGGGAGUUUUUCUUGCCAAAAAUGUUUGAAGUGCAGAAGGAAAAGUGAUUGGUUCAGAGAGAUUACCAAUCAGAUUGCAGAGGUGCAUGUAACCAGUUACUUAUUUUUGUGAAUGUAUUGUAUAUUAGGGCUGGAUGAUACUGCUUUGUAAUAUUUGAAGUUUCUGUGAUUAUAAAUAUAUAGCCAAAUGAAAGGUUAUAACAGAAUCUGACAGAUAACUCGGUGGUGCCCUGAGUUGUACCAACAGACACAAAGCAAAUCCGGCGAAUCACUGGCUUCUGCUCAAUAUCAUUUCUAUGGAAUACAUGUCAUGACCUGUUUUUCUUUGUUUCCCCUCUUCACUUAUUUUUGUUUAAAUUCUAAUAAACGCGCCACAAGCUCCAUGAGUGAAUACAACAACACGCACAUGAAUGAUUUUGAUCACGGGUCUCAGACUAAGAGUCUGCAGGGCUCAUCUGACUCAUACACACACAACAUGUUUUUAUUUUACUAUCUGACCCUCAAAUCCAUCCAUUUUCCAAACCGCUUAUCCUACUGGGUCGCGGGGGGGAGCCUAUCCAGGAAGCACUGGGCAUGAGGCAGGGAACAACCCGGGAUGGGGGGCCAGCCCAUCGCAGGGCACACUCACGCAUCAGUCACUCACACAUGCACACCUACGGGCAAUUUAGCAACUCCAAUUAGCCUCGGCAUGUUUUUUUGGACUGUGGGGAGAAACUGGAGUACCCGGAGGAAACCCCACGACGACAUGGGGAGAACAUGCAAACUCCACACACAUGUGACCCAGGCGGAGACUCGAACCCGGGUCCCAGAGGUGUGAGGCAACAGUGCUAACCACUGUACCACCAUGCCGCCGACCCUCAAGUCAAUCUUUUAAUUUGUACUUGGGAUGAAAUGGUUACUGGUUUCAGGGUGAAAUUCCACAUGGUUAGUCCAGCGUCAGCCAAAGGUAUCAGCUGUUUCCCGACCAGAAGCUGACUGGCACGGCGUGCAGCGUGGGUUUGGUGCCAGUAACAAUACGGCACAAGGCAGUGACAGCAAUUUUUCAGCCUUUCAAAUGGACUAAGUCUGGCGUGGUCAUACUUUGCUUUUAAAUCUUCAUGACCUCCAACCACUUCCACUUACUAAUAAUUGCUCAAUAAUGCAAACUGAAGCUUUCAGUGUUACCUACUCUAGUUAAAAACACUACAUGGCAGUGGCAGGACGCUGUAGUGAAGCCAGCACUUGUUUUUCCGUCAGUCUCAGAGCUAGUUGAAUGUCCGUCUGCUGAGAAUGAAUUCUGUAUAUUUGUAUUUAUAUAUUCUUGAAACAAAACAGCUUAGACCAGUUUGUUUCUUUCUUCUGUAUGGAUUUUCCAGUAUAACUGUGAUGUGACAGGAUUACUUGUAUUUGAAAUAGAAUAAAUAGUUGAACUCUUA